AGCCGUAUCCGGGCGGCCACGCCCCCUUUUCGUCUUUGUCCUUCGUUCGCUCAUCUGUUUCCGAUAGAAACAAGAGUAACACCAAAAAAUCUGCAAAAAUGACUUUCUGGCGCCAGGCAGGACUUAACUACGUCAAGUACUCGAGCAUCGCUGCCCGCGUCGUCCGGCAGUCCCUGAAGCCCGAGCACAGGGCGGAGGCCCUCAAGCGCGAGGAGUCGCACAUCAAAUUCACGCCCUGGAAGGACGGCAAGGCAGUCACGGCGGAGAAGUGAAUCCUGAAUUAAAAACUCCGCCGACAGCUUCAGCUUGAGGCCUCGUUUGAAGAUGUUUCGCUGUAGAUGCAUUAUUUCUUGUAAAUUACAUUUAAAAACAAUGAUUAAGUCAUAAACUGGA